UAUGUACUGAGGAGUUUCAAACUAAAGCCUCACAUUUGGCUGGUGGGAUCCUUCAAUCAGGGUUGAUUGGCAUUGUAAAUACCAGCCUUGAUGGUAGAAGUGCAGACAUUUGUACAGAGUCCAGUAAUGAUGGUGAUGAUAGAGAUUUCAAAAUCCUUCAGAACCGUGGAACUCCACCUUUGUUCACCUCUUCUCUGCACACCAAUUCUGCAGCAUCCAACAUCGUCAUAAGCAUCACUAAAGACCUUAAUAGCUUCACCCAGAUGACUAAAAUGUCUGAUGCUUCAGUGUCUGGCCAGUUAGAGAGAUCCCUGUCAGCUUCAACCCUUCCUGUCAGUGUUCACAACGGGGUCAAUGUGAAAGGAAAGAUCAUUUGGCCAGGCACUGUUAACCUGUUCAACAAUGUGUUCAUCAAGGUCAAGGAUUUUUUUGCCCAGCAACAACCGGUACUCCUAGACAAUGUGGUUGAGGCCCCCAAACAUGCCGAAUCCAUAUGCAGAACAGCUACUUCUACACAAAUGACUUACAAUGAACAUGAAGGCAGCCAGACCAGCAUGGUAAAUUAUUCCAAAGCCUUAAUUAGUCAGACUCUGAUGACAAUCCAGAGGAGAGUGUCUAUGUCAGAGAGGAUGAGCACCUCAGAAAGCCCUCUUGACUCGUUCCAUCGUGGGCUCCAUGUUGGAGGAUGUUGACAUGGUGAGAAGUGAUGGACACGAGAUACACCGGCCAUCCUCCUCAAAGUCCUCCCUGUCCAUCACCUCUGCCAUGACCAGAGGGUCCCAGAGUGAUUUGACAAAUUCUCUUCCCGGCACUCCAGUCCCCAAUGAGUGGCCUGUUGAAAUCUAUUGUCCUAUCAUUAGGAGUUCGGUCAUUGAUAUGAGUGACUCCUCAACUCAUUCACAAGGGUCAACAAAUUACACAAGGCAAACCAUCUCUGCCAUAGUUGACACUGUUAUGGAGGUCAUUCCAAGAGAAGACACGGAACACAUAGCCACUGCAGAUGAUGUCACUUCUUUUACAAGAAGACUUGCGAGACUCAGCCCCAGGGACGGUCUUCAGAACUUCUCACAUGAGCUCACUGACAAAGUUUAUGAGCUCAUAAAAAGUCACAACACCCCCCAGGCUCUUUUUGUGCCAGCUGGCAAGAGCGUGUCUGACUCUAUUCUUUUGAAGCUGAAGACAGGAUUGAAUGCUUCUGAAGAAUCCAGGGAGUUUCCAUCUGACCUUGUGUACUCCUUUGCUACGGAGUCAAUAAAACGUCUGCUACAGCAGAUUGUCUUCUGGCUUCCUCCACAAGGAUCCGAUUUCUGCCAAACUACCAUCUCUGAUGGUUCUCUGCAGGAAACAAGUUGGCUUAUGCCGAGCUCUUCUGCCAUCUCCAUUAGUUCCUCACAAGUUUACUUUGACACAAAGAGCCUUUUCACCAAUAUAAUGGUCAAUCAGGUCAUGGAUACCUGUUCUGUGGCCUCCAAUUCAUCAGAAGAAUUAUCAGAGUUGAUGAACAUAAUCAAUGGGUUGUCCCCAACUGAUGCUGGAACACUUGACUCUGACAGACCGGCUCUCAUGACCACUAGCCGUCAGUCUAGUUCCAAAUCAUUGCCUAGACCCCCUCUGUCUGGCAGCAGCACACACAACGGUGGAACUGUGGAUAUUCAAGUUUUAGGAGAGGUGGAAUCCAAGAUGGACAACAAAGAUCUGGAGAUGUCUAGUGUCUCUGUGCAUCCAUCAACUCCAUCAGCCAUGGACUCUGAGACACAUGCAUCAUUUGACUCCACUAGCAAUGACUACACCUCUUUGGUACUUUUACUGAUUGUUAGAUUGCUGUCAAUGAUCACCCCUAUCACAUUACUGGAAUCCUCUGACAUUGGUGAAACAUCAAGAGUUCUCACAAAGAGGAUUCUGUCUGAGUUCUGUGGCACCUCAGGCCUUGAACCAACUCAAGCCUACCCCCAGAAUCUGAAAAUCAAAAAGAUUUUCAAGGCUGUCUACAAGGGGCUUCUUCAAGAAUUUGGGUCAGAGAAGAUGCUCCAGGUUGCAAUGAAGUCAACGGAUUAUGCAUUUGACGAUGCCCUGGUCAAAUCAUUAACUAGGGAACUACUAGCUAAAUGCAAUGAGGCUAGCUCUUCACCUCCCUCCAUGACACAGUUGUCAUCACACAAUGUACUUGGCAGUGACGAGGUAGGUAAUUCUGGGCUUCCAACAACUUGUAGAAAGGAAAAGAAGAGAGGAAGAUUCAGCGCUCUCUGUGGACUCAACCCAAAGUGUACAAAGAAGGUCAACAAGAAGAACCACUGCACUCCAACACCUUCCCAGAACCAGACCCCUGCCGUCAGUGAAAAAGCAAUUGUCAAUGAUCAACAAUCCUGCCGAACAGAGAGUGUAUGCUCCACCAAGAAGAAACCAAGGAAGCGCUCGCUCAUUUCCAGGAUGUUUUCAGCUAUAGGCAAAGCCUUGUCCAGUCCCUUUACUUCCUGCUAUAAAAAGAAGAGUACCUAAUCUAUAUUUCAAAAUAAAUA